AUGUCUGAUCCUCACAGCCUGAUUGCUACCUCCCGCUUUCACCAGCGCGUCACUCUCGACUCAAUCUGCGGAGAGCUAACCGUCUCCUUCGCCGACGCUGGCAGUUCCACCGGCCCUGCCCUGUUGUUUCUGCCAGGCAUGUUUGCAUCACGGUAUCUGGGCAUCCCUCUCCACCCGCUCGCUGAACGCGCCGGCGUGCGCCUGCUCGUCGUCGACAGACCCGGAAUGGGCGAAUCGACAGAUGUCCCAACGGCCCAAAGAAUCGCCGCAUGGACCGACCUGGUGCCGCGGCUGCUAGCACAUCUCGGCAUUCCGCGCGUCAGCCUAGUCGCCCACAGCGCCGGCACGAUGUAUUUGCUCAAUACCUGGGCGAAAUGCCCAGAAUUGGUGAAUCCCGCUCUUACGUUUCUAGCCCCUUGGGUGGAUCUUGAGCACUCGCGCGUUACAACGAUGCAAAUGGCACGGUAUGUGCCGACCAAGGCAUUCACUUUAUGGCACCAUAUCCCGCGCUUCUUCGUCACGCAAGCUUCUCCCGUCCUAGCAACAAGCGGUGCGCUGUUCAAUCAACUGUCGUCAAUAGGUAGUGAUGCCACAGCUGGUACGGACAACUCACCUCUCAGUGCGGAAGACCAGGCCAUUGAACGUGAUGCCGGACUGUCGCAGAAAGAACUGGCCGAGCUCUUCCGCCUCGCCGUGCCUUUGAUGUUUAAUGAGAACACCACGGGCGCGAAUAGCGAGGCUCUUCAGUGCCUUCGCAAGAGCGAUGGCCAGGACUGGGGUGCUUGUUCGGACUAUGCGGAAUGUGUCCAAACGUUAGCGGCUCGUGAAUCGUCGGCGGGGACUCGAGUUAGUGUUCGCGCGUAUUUCGCUUCAUCGGAUGCUAUGGUAGGUGAACGAGGCAAGCUAUACUUCGAGCAGUGUUGGCAGGCGCCUGGGUUAGAUGCUGUUGACUUCGUAUCGGAGACUGUUGAAAAGACGGAUCAUGAUACAGUGAUGCAGUUGGUCAAAGUCUGGGCAAAGAUAUUUGCCUCGGUGAGUGGUGCUGACGGCAAUAAUGUAUAA